AUGUCGUUUAUCGAAGCCGAAGACUUCUCCUCGAAGCAAGUGAAGCAGUUUACCAUGAUCCCUGACACCUCCAGCGACUCAUUAUACUUGAAUUCCAAUGUUGCGCUCGAACAACGGAGGCAGGCCAAGGAAGAGAUGGGGGCAAAGUUGCCAGUAUCCGAAAAGGUCCCCCACUCCAAACAACCAAAACAAUUUACCCUGAUCCCAAACACCUCCAGCGACUCAUUGUACUUGGAUUCCCAGGUUGCGCUCGGGCAACGAGGGCAGUCUAACAUCGAGAUGAAGGCGAAUGAUGCUGCUUUCCACAAAGCCGAGAAGCAAGAGCACGAAGGGCAAGGUGUUCUUUCGGGCAUUAAAACCCAGUUGGACUCUAUGGCUCCUGGUGGCUCGAUCUCCGACUUUGGGAUUUCCAUCAGCUCUGUCGCCCAAGAGAAGCUCAUCGCUGCGAAAGGCACGCUAAUGGAGAGUGCGUUGCCUGCUGCGCAGGGAGCGUUACGUACCGUCCGGGGUCAUAUUCGCUCCAUUUCAGGUGAAUCCAACGAAGUUAAGGAGACGGUACCUGAAGAACUUUCCAAGGAAGAGCGCGAAUGCAUUGAUAAAAUGAGCAACGAGCAGAUUUGCGAUUAUCUACGAGAGAAACAUAUGAGCAAUAAACACUCAUUGCCAACGGAGUAG